CUGGAUAACUUUAUGUACGCCUAGGCUACGUACUUGAUCGAUGACACACAUUAAGUCAUGCAAAUCUACUACUUCUAAUCCAAUCCAAGUUAUACAGUUGCCACUGUAAACAACAUGGCGCAUUGCGGAAUGUACAUUGUUCAGUUCAACGACUCAUGGUAGUGAGAGACAUUGCAUCUGACGGAGUGCGUCUCUGUAGUUUAUCGGGGCACCUUGCUGAAUAAUGAUUGCCUCCAUAGAUAGAUCCAAAGUGGGCAUUGAAUACAUCAUCUUUUGUAACCAAAGUGGUUAAAUAUGAUUUGAUUGCUCAGGGUGCACACUUUUCCUGCUUGACACUUGACGUAGUCAACUCUGAUUCAGGCAGGCUCAGUCUCAGUAAUUUGAUGAAAAGGAAAAAAGGCCUGAUUUAUUAAUUGAAAAAAAAACCCUCCAACAAACAAAACCGGUCAUCACUGGGAAAAACAGCUACAACAAAGCGAAGUAGAUCUAGAUCUAGAUCUGUUGGCUUUCGCCGGCAGGUCAUUGACUGGUUAAGACUUUUCAGUUCUAGCACAUCAUCUAGAUCUAGAUCUAGAAGAAUCUAGUUAUAGGAAAUUUGUAGAAAAACUAAAAGAAAAAAAUCAAUAUAGGCCCUGUACGUAAUCUGGACUUUGUUUCUGGAAAAGCAAGAGAGGGAAAUCAAACUCAUGAAAUGGAAGAUGAUAUUUUGAUCAGGACUGAUGGGAAUUGGUCUCGCCCUGUCGUGUCGUCCAUGGCAAGACUGAACCAGAUACAGCCCAGCAUUUACAACAUUGGUCUCCAUGAUGCUGGAAGUCUCAAACCUCCACGAAGUCUUAAAAAUACUCAUCUAAAAACUGAAAGAGACCUUCAAAGUACCGAUGGUUUCGGGGUCAAUGCUACGCACCAACAGGCAGAGUUGACAGAGGGCAAUGGACUCUCAAGUGGUAGACAAAGUUUUAGGGAACUAACCGCGACUCCGCCAGUUUUGUCAACGUCAUACCAGAGAGCCGCAUGGGGUAGCAAUUCAUCUAUUCCUGAACUAAUUGCAAGGCAGGGAAAGGCAUCUCAUUCUAAAAGACCUUCGAGUGCAACUCUUCAGUCAAAAGUUUUGCGAGAUGCCUGUCGGAGAACUCGACCACAGUCUGCUAAAGAGCUGCUAGGGAAAGACGAAAGGAAGAAACCGGUUUUGAAAAUCACUGGACAGAGGAAGACUGUACAAGCAAAUGGAUUUCCACCCCACCAUCCUGGUUAUGUUCCGGCUACUCAUGGAAACCCUUCUGUCCAUAAAAGACAAGGCACAGCAUGGGCUAGUCUACCCCCUGGCCACGUUUCGACUGUAAACGGUGCAAAACCAGGAAAUCCAACGUAUGAAGGUGACCCGCUCCCUCCAAAUGCUCCGUAUUCUUCUCCGGUCCAAAGUGACUCUGAGUAUGAGGAAGAAUUUUCUGGAAGGCCGAGCACACCUCCACUGCGGUACAGACCCCAGUCUCAUCCCAUACACUUGUCUCUACCUACAACUGAUGAUGGUGCUGAUGACUCAGAACUGCUUGACACAGACAGGCUCUUGCAAGAAGCUGAUAAUUUUGUCCAGAGGAAAAAAGAAGAAGAGGAAACUCAAGCAGCGGAUGUUUGCACGACAUGGCCCGAGUCUCUUCAUGAUGUGGACUACGCUGAUUCACCUGACGCCCAGGAAAUUAAUUCCUCUGAAAGAUUCAUCAAAACUACCAUUCAAUCAAAGCUGCAUGAACAAAUGUUGAAAAAGCAAAAUGAUCGGGAAAAAAGAGACAGAGCUAGAAAAGAGCGAAAGAACAGAGAGAGUGCUGAUAGCUUCUUAAGCAGUGACUCAAGCUCUGAGUAUUCUUCGGACGGUGACAUUGAUGUGGAUGUCAGGGAGGUUGGAAUUAAUGAAAGUGAUGCUAGAAUUCCAGCAAAUUGUGUGAAGGAUACAGAUGUUCCAAAUACUUCCACGGAUGACUCAAAGAAGAAGAGCAAUGUCAGUGGACAGAAAGAAUUUCUUCUCCCGGAUGGUGGUGAUACCUCGUUCCUUGCUUUAGAACUUAGUGAAAAUUCCCAGAUCAUAAGGAAGCCACUUGGCCCUAAGUCCCUUGAUAAAGCCAGAGCCAAAGCAAGGGCCAUGGGAGUGAAAUUCCGAGAAGACAGGAACAUAACAGUGGACAUCACUCCACGGAACAUGGGCAGAAAGGUGGUAAAUACAACGUAUCGACCUAAUGCCAAAAAAUCAGCUUCUCUGCCUCAACAAGACAAGCCUUCAAAAGAUCACUCUGACUGUCUCUGCAAUGCUGGUCUUGAAGGCCUAGGUUUGACUGAGGAUGAAAUGAAGGCGUUCAGAAAAGAUAUUGAGCAAGAGUUCUCACAGUCAGGUCUUUCAGUACCGCAAUCCUCACAAAAUCGGUCACAGCUGGUUUCUGUUGUUACCGUCGACUACACUGAUGAUACUGCUGCCGAGGACGAAGAAAAAAAGUCAAAUAAGAAGAAAGGGAAGAAAUCAAUGCAGGAAGUGGAAACUAUGGUGUCCAAACUGAGCCAAGCUGAGCAGCUUGAUGACUUUGGAUUGCCUGUGUCUCAAAUUCUCCAUAAGUCUGCCCCUGAACAAAACUACUACGAACGUUCGAGGUCUGGCUCUAGAAUGCAGUCUCGACCACCUUCAGCACAGCCGGAGAGAAAGAAGGAGAGUGAGGAGGACAGUACUGUCUACAUGACGACUAAGACUGUGGAAUUUGGUCCGGGUGGUCCUCAUGAGACUGUCUCUAAAACUGCUGUGUCGGCGCAUCAUGAGAGGAAGACGAAAGACCCGCAUUCACACAGUGCUCCCAUCUGGCCCAGCUCAAUAAAGAGACAGAAAGAAAAGAUGAAACUGGAAAAAGAAGUCGGCAGAGCAGCUGAGAACGAGCAUGAGGAAGACGGCUGUGAGAAGAAUGGAAGUGAUGGUGUGGAUGUGGAGCAGCUGGAACAACUUCUUCAGGACGCAAAGGUCAUGGCCAAAGAAAGCAUCAAUGAUGUCUCCAAGAAGCGUCCUCCGAGUGGCAAAAGACCAUCAUCAAAGUUGAAGAAGAGAACUGAAGAGACAGGGACUAAAGAGAUGCAAAAGCCAGUACAGUGGACAGCAAAUGCUAAGCCUGCAAGCUCAGCAGAGAUGUCAAGGUCCAAAGAAGCUAUUCAAGCACUACGCAAGGAUCAGGAAGAUAAACGCUAUUCCAUGUACUCCACCAAAGGGCCACGGUACCACUCUCACUCAAAGCCAAGAGCCCAGUCAGCUGGUUCUGUGCGACCUCCUGUGUUCUUGUCCACUCUUCCCUAUGAGGAUGAUGAAGACACUGAAGAAUUUCAGGAGUGUUUGGACAUGAAAACAAAAAUGGCUGCUCUUGGUGUAGACAUUGAUCCAAAAGUUUUAGAGAGGGCCCUGUUUGCUCCCAGUGGAAAGUCACUGCAUUUCAACGUGCCAGGAGAGCUUCCUCAGGACCCAAGUGAUGGGUUGCUGACCCACUACAAGUACUGGUUGUCAGAGGACUACAAACGGGUUCAGCAGAUGAACAGACGCCUUGCCCGAGAUGAUCACAUUAGGUAUCUACAGAAACUUGCAGAGGAAAAGAAGAAGAAACGAUUAGCAGCAAAAGGAAAGAAGGGAGGCAAGAAAAGCAAGAAAAACCAGAACAGAUGUGAAACCCCGUCCAAAAAUGCAAUGUGAAUAUAUAUAUCUAUGCAUUUCAUUCCUAUAUUGUCAAUAAAUCACACAUGUUUUCAUGCCAAAGGUACAUAUGGGCCAUCUGUUUUUUCUCCAUUUUUGCUUGAUAUCAUUUGCUCAAUAGUACCAACCUGUGUACUUUUUUAUGUCUUUCUUAAGAUGUGAAAAUGUUGCUCAUUUAAAAAAGUUUGUAAUCACUUUUGUGAAAGGAAAAGCUUUUUGCUUGCUGUUUAUUGGCAAUAAGGAGAAAACCCACAAACAAACAAACUCAAGUCUUAAGAUAAGAAUGAAAUCAUCAGGUUCAAGGAAGUCUCAAGAAAACUUAAAAUUGGAAACUGAUGUGUUUUCUUCCACAAUUUCUGUACAAUGGCAGCAAAGUCAAUGUUUCAGAAACGAUCAAAGAUCAACAUUGAUGAUACUGCCCAGGUUUCAGAAGUACUGUACCAUUGUUGUUACUGCUUGCUCAUAUUUAUACCUUUUUAUAGUUGUGUAUUGUAUUUGAUUUGAUGAGCGUUUUUUCACUUUAGAAAUUAAUUAAGUGGUGCAGUAUGAAGAUGAUUUGAAUGCAAAUUUGAAUUAUUUAUAUAGAAAAGUAUGUUUUCUAUCACCCGAUAUUGUUUUCUAGCAUUUCUGACUUUCAUGCUUGCUGUUAAGUAUAAAAACUGUUCAUUUAAGUGCUACGCAGACAGUGCAUUUUAUGAAAAAAAAAGAACCCAUAUCUCCAAGUGGAAGGCUGGAGUGCACCACUGGUAAGCCUUGCUUCUUUUCUCUCGGGCUGUUGUCUUGCUAUUCCCAGCACUAAAGAGAAAAAGGGCAGCAUUUGUGGUGAGGUGUUAAUUCUCUUUUCUCAAACUAAAAAACCCCCCUCAUAUUCAUGGUAUUCAUGGUGUUUGAGUCUUUUUUCUUUUAUUCAACAAUUUAUCUUAGGGCUAACCAAACUCUAAAUAUGGACCAUCAAAAUUGUGUUGCCAGGUAAUAUGAUGUCUUGGAUAUAAAAAAAAGUUGAAAACUGUAGUUCAGGUGUAUUGUCAUCAUUAUAAUGUAACAAAAAUUAACUGCUUUAAUCAUGGGUGGUGUUGUAAUCAUGAUAUCAGCUGCUCAUUAUAUUGUCAGAGACCCUGUUUUGCAUUUUCGGGCUAUUAUUAUAUAUUAAUUGCACUUGAUAAAAAGUUAUACUAUUUGCACACAGUUGCCCCAUGUUGCCACUUUUUAAAAUGACUUCUUUUGACACAAAUAGGACUAAUUAGGACAUUGCCCCAUCAUACUAGAUGUGAAUCAGCAAAGCAAAAAUGCUAACAUCUAUAUUUGAAUAUGUGGGAACAAUGUUUUGCUGGUACAUGUGGUACCAUGUUGCAACUUACUGUAAAUGACUUCUUUUGGCACAAAUGUGAUUAAUUAGACCAGUUCCCCAUCAUACUAGGACUUAAAUGUGAAUCAGUAAAGGACAAACACUAACAUCUGUUUUUGAAUAAAAUUUGUGAAAAGUGUGUUGCUGGUACAUGCAGUAUGGGGCAGCGGUAGGCAGACAGAACACAAAACAGAUGAUGUUUGACAGAGGGUUGCGAUACAAAAACUGCUAACCUAAUAUGUUGAACUGCUGAUCCCUCUUAUUGGGGGUAACCUAUGCUGUUCAAAAACACUAACGUAUGCAAUUAUCUUUUAUCUUUUUCAAUAUUGUGUAAAAAUAUUAUAUGGUUGUAAAUUUCGAAGGAGAUAUAAAUGAAUUUAAAAGAAGCAUGAAAACUUCUUCAGAAGUUUCACUAAGGAGAAAAAAAAGACUCCUAAGAAUUUUGUGCGUUAGAUUAUAAUAGUUCAUGUAAUAGGAUUGGUCAGAAGUGCAGUUGACAGUAUGGGUACUUUUAAAAUCUAAUAUAAAAGUAUAAAAGCUUCCAUUAUUUUUGCACAGCAUGUGUUGUGUGAGGGAGUACAUUUUUUAGUCUCAACAUGGACUUAAAGUUAUUUUUGAAUGCGAUUGAAUUUUAAAACUCUGAGUAAACUCUCUUUUGAUAAGAUUGAUGAUAAGAAGAAAUCAGAUGAACUUUGAAUAUAUGCGUGUAGAUAUACUGUAUAUUCAUCUCUAUACUGUAGUUCUGAUUUCGAUUGCCCUAUAUUUAUAGUUCUAUGUUGUAAGCUGUAUAAUAUUCGGUUUAAACAAAAUUUUGUCAUUAUGUAGGCUGAGAUUUAUGAGAUGAAUGAAAAAAAUGGUUAACUUUGUUUCUGCCAUGUUAUCAGAAUGUUCCAAAAGACACUUCAUUUUUGGACUUUUUUCAAAUCUAAGACAUGUAUGUUCAUUAAUGAUUUAGAUUCCUCUACACCCCCUUUGAAAUAAUUUGGAUCAUCUGAAAACCCAGCUGUGAUCCCUGUACCCUGCAGGUUCUUCACUUUGCAUACAAGAGAUGGAGUAAGUAAGAUUCCAAUUAAAAGAAGAUCAAUAAUAUAUUAUGUAUUUUGUUUCAAGUUUCUCAGCAUUUCUCCUAAGGCCCUGCUCACAUCAUUAGGAAAAGUUUCAUCCAUCACAUCUCUGCAAAGUAUAGUGUCACAUGGUGAUGAAGAGAGACGAAUGGGUUAAAAUUGCUUGUUUGUAUACUUGCACCGUUCGAUGAGUGGAAUUUUCCUUUCCUUGUGUGUGCACAAAGCUUUAGAUGAAGCAUCCGACAUAUAGUACAGGUUGACCUUGACAUGCAGGUUCAAAGCGGCCCACACUCAAAGUAAUGUAAAUUUGUGUUUAUCAGGACGCAGAUUAUUUACAGUCAUGAUAAGUGCAUAAUAUUUCAAAAUUUGUGUGUAAGUCAAAGAGGUUAUAAAUACAUGUAGUACAUGACUAAUGGGUUGAUUUAAAGGGGAGUUACUUAAUUUUGAAUUAGUAUUCGCUUUUCUUACAAAAUGAUAUUAUGGGUUUAUCCUUUGUACUUAUUUUUCUUCCAUUUGAAUUUAUAACCAUAUUGGUAUUCUUGAUCUCACUUUCUUCCAAUUAUAUAUUUGUAUUAUGUUGAAUGAGGCCUAAAUGCUGUAUUGUACUUAUAUCGUGGGUCAUUUUGAUUGGGGAUGAUAUAUAGGUACUUGGCCAUCAGAAUCUGCCUAUUCAUUGGUGCCAGUCCCCUUGAUGGUUUACUUAAUUACCAUACUGUUUCUGUUCUAUGUGAUGGUCUGCCACCAGACUAGCCUGACAACUGUUAGGGAUUGGGGUUAGGGUUACACGGGGUGCUCAUUGUGGAUGCGGUCGGGUUGGGUCGGGGGCAAUCGCCCCACUCGUCCCCUGAAAACAAACGCGUUUGUUUUUGAGGCGAUGAGUCGGGUGCGAUCGGCUUGUGCCACGAUACCCGCUCUGCGGCCUCAAUCUGGUUGGCACCCUGCCAUGAACAGACCCCCCAAUGGGCACCCCGUAUUAGAGUUAAGGUUGUGGUUAUUGUUAAUUGUUAAUGUUAGGGUCCUUAUUGCUGAUUUUUAUCCAGCUGGCACAACACAAAUUGACUGUAGUCAAUCAAGCAAGACUCACAGUAGAUUGGAAAAUUGCCGUAGACCGUCAAGUGGAGUGAUAUCACCUAUUCUUUGUUCAGUAGGCCGACAAACUUUCUUCAGAUGAAACAAAUUUUUUUCACUGUCCUAUGUUGACCCUAGGACCCUGCUCUAACCCUGUCGUAUGUUGACCCAGGGUCACUUAUAACAUCCAUGAUGUAAUCUGUCUCAAUUAUUCCAGGUGUUUGGAAGACUCCGGUGGGUUCUUUAUCAAUCACAUAUAAUGCUACUUGGCGUGUGUAUAGUGUGCCAUCUGCUUUCUGCUUUCAUGACAAAGGUUCCCAUGAUUUUUUGUUGAGCUUUGUUGAUUUUGUUGUUGAUUAACCUCAUGGUUAUGCAAUAUGCAUGCGUUUAAUUUUACUUCUGCUGUUACAGUAUAUUAUUUUCCAUGAUUUGUGAGUAGAUUGCUGGACAAACCUUUUCGUUUACUUUGAUGAGGGAUUGAUGACUGUAAAUAGAAUUGGUCGCUUUUAAGCACAAGGG